AAGACAAACACACCAACAAACCUCACUCAGCAACUUGUUCCCUCAAUUUUUCUUUAAUUUCACUUCUUCUUUCCUAUCUUUCUCUUCACCCAAACAAACAUGUCUCCAAGACUAUGCACUCUCCCUCUCUCCCUCCUCUUCUUCACCUCAAUUUUCAGCUUCGCCGCUUCCGAAGAAGUCUGUCCUUACCCCUGCUAUCCACCGCCCACCGGCUCCGGCACACCGACCACCGAAACUCCACCGGCCCCGGAGGCUCUGACGCCGCCAUACCCAUCAGGGUCUUCUUACUCUUACCCUCCUCCGAGUGGGAAUUUGCCGUAUUACCCUCCACCGCCCACUGGUGAUGGGAGUGGUGGUUAUUAUGUGCCUCCGCUUCCUGACCCAAUCUUGCCUUACUUUCCCUUCUAUUACAGGAAACCUCCUCACAAGACUGAUGAUGAGUCUUCUGCUGCCUCCGUUGGAAGAUCAACGGUCCUGAUUACGAGUUUAACGUUGUUGUUGUUGUUGCUGUUGUGUAUGUUACUUCAUUGAUGUAAGAAAGUGUUAAUUAUUUAAUUGGGCAGUAAAUAAUUUUGAUUAGAGAAUUAUUAGGAUUUCAAGUAUUUAAUAAUGCUGCAGUUAAUUAAUUAAUUAAUUUCCUCUAUCAAAAGCUUUCUUCUAUU